AUGCCGCCAAAGAAGCAGCUGCAGCCGCAGCACAAGAAGCACAAACAGGACCAGCAUCAGAAGCAGAAGCCCUGCACCGCCGACAGCAGCGAAUGCAAAGGAAGCGGCGGUGGCAGGCUCGACGGCGGUAGCGGCGGCGGCGGCAGCGGCGGCCUCGGUGGCAGCGGCGGCCGCCGGACCAGGAGCGGCAGCGGCAGCGGAGAGGGCAGCAGCCGCUUCACAGACAGCAGCAGAGGCCGCCACUUCACUUGCAAAAGGAGAAAUAUCGACGGAGGAGGCCGCGGCUGCAGCGAAGAACGCAGCGGAAGCAGCACACGUGGCAUCGCUGGUGGCAAUACAAGUGUCGGCGGCGACAUCGCCAAUAUCGGUAGAAGUGGCAGCGGCAGCUAUAAAAGCAGCAGAGGCGGCGAACACCGCGGCGGAGGCAGCGGCGGCGGCGGCAGCGGCGCCUUCUUCGAGUUCAGCGGCGGAUAUACUUUCCGCGGCGAAAAUCGCCGCCGCCGCGGUGGUCACAGACACAGAAGAAGUGGCAGCAGACCUACUAAGGUUAUUGUUGGACAGCUCCAUAACGGAAGCAGAGAGUGGGUCCAUACAAGAGGCACUGAAUGUGGCGAACUUGGCGAAGGAAACGGCAAUUACGGCGCAAAUUACCCUGCUGGCAGCAGAGGCGCCGCAGAGCUCGACCUCCAACACGACGGACGCGAGGGCGGCGGAGAUGGCAUCGGCGGCGGCGGCGGCGGCGGCGGCAUUGACGGCGUCCACGAGGACUAA